GGGCGACACCAUCGUGUACUUUGCUACGUAGUAAGCUCGAGCGAUUUUAAUGAUACUAUGAGGGAAAGAGGAGGAGAGGGAACGAGAGAUACGAAGAGGAUGAAGAUGAGAAUACCGGAGAUUCCACGGCCAAGAUUACGCGAUUUCGAAGUGAGAAAGGAAAAGUCUCGAUCUGUGCUCUUUUGGUCUUUGCAUGUCGCUGGUAGACAAGAGAUUGAAUUCUUUUGCGAUUGCUCGGUGUAUCGAGCGUCGAGACCUGCGGUUUUCUCGUAUCUUGAUGGCUAAUUUCGAAGUACGACGAAGAAAUGAUUAACGUAUGUCGUAAUGUGCGUGAGGUGUAUUGUGUUAAAAGAUGUUAUUUUAGAUUGGAUUGCAUUGUGUGAAGUGAUGAGUAACUGGGACAGGUUAUGUCUCUUGUUCUAUCAUGGAGAGAAAAUAUGGCGGAUGAGAAAGUUGAACGUGACAGGUUCGAUGAUGCAUCUACAAAUAUGGUCCGCCGCAACCCGGCCAACAAAUUAAAUUCACAGUCGGAGAAUCCUGCGAUAGGAUCAAAGAGGAAUUUAACUUUUUGCAGAAUCAAUGCCAUGCCUUGAAGCUCGAGUGCGAGAAAUUGGCCACGGAGAAGAUCGAGAUUCAGCGACAUUACGUGAUGUACUACGAGAUGUCGUACGGGCUAAACGUGGAGAUGCACAAACAGGCCGAAAUAUCGAAGAGACUGAACGCGAUCAUCGGACAGAUCCUGCCCUUUCUGUCUCAGGAGCAUCAGCAGCAAGUGGCGACCGCUGUUGAUAGGGCGAAACAGGUCACGAUGACGGAGCUGAACUCCAUAAUUGGGCAACAGAGACCCGAUAUAUCAAGAUUGUUGCAACAAAUGCAUGCUCAACAACUGCCACCGGGGACGGCGCUGGGCGCUCAUCCGGGGCUACCCGGACUUCCGGGACUAGGACCAGCUGCUGGACUUCCGGUGCCAACUUCCGCCUCCGCCGCGCUUCUUAGCCUUGGCUUGACGCCGGGGGCCGCCACUGCACCCGGCACAACAGCGGCUCAUCCGCUAUCGAUGUUGAGUAAACCGGAAUUGCAUCGUCAGCCCGACGAUUUAAAGAGCAACGGUGGUCUCAGCUCGACCGAGGAGAGACACAGGAGCUCGAUAUCGCCCGGUGAUAAAUAUAGUCGUCCGCGUACACCGCAGGAGACGCAUCAUUCCCAUCAUUCUCAGAAUCACCAUGACCAUCCCAUGCACAUCAAGAAGAUGAAGAAAGAGCAGGACAAGGACAUCGGUCAUAGCGACGGGGAGAAGAGCGACCAGGACCUCGUGGUGGACGACGCGAGCGAGGGGCCAACGAGUCCCGUGGUAAACGGCACGACGUCGCCCCGAGAGAACGGUCUGGACAAGGUGGCGCCGAUAGGCGCCGGGGUGCAGACGAAGAAGGACGUGCCGCCCCAUUCGCCGAGAAGCGGGACGAGCAGCAACGCGAGCACACCCUCGGCCAAGAAGAUGGAGGAGCGCGAGAAACCGACCACGCCGAUCUCGAAACCCCUGACACCGACCUCCGGUUCCGCGAUCGGUGGCGGUUUGAAGCCAUCCGGCUCGGCCAAGCUACUCCAGGGACCACCGCCCCCCGGCGUGCCCAGCGCUUAUCCACCGCACUACGCCCCGGGUCCACCCCCUCACCAUCUGGCACCAGCUGGCCAGCAUCCUCACGUCGACAUGAUGGGUUAUAACGGCUAUGUGGCGCCCAGAGCACCACCUUCCCUCCAACAGCUCUACGAUCCCCACGUGGCCAUGAGGGCCCCUAUGGGAUCCGUCGGAGUGCCCGGAGGCAAACCCGCGUACAGUUUCCACGUGUCGAGCGAGGGCCAGAUGCAGCCGGUGCCCUUCCCACCGGAUGCGCUCAGCGGACAAGGGAUACCGCGUCAUGCGCGGCAAAUUAAUACCCUCAGCCAUGGGGAGGUCGUGUGCGCUGUCACGAUCUCGAAUCCGACCAAAUAUGUGUAUACCGGCGGCAAGGGAUGCGUCAAGGUUUGGGAUAUAGGGCAAGGUGGCACGGGUAGCACCAAGUCUGUGUCCCAACUCGACUGCCUCCAACCUGACAAUUACAUCAGGUCGGUGAAACUGUUACCGGAUGGGAGAACGCUGAUAGUCGGAGGCGAGGCUAGCCGACUUAGUAUCUGGGAUCUGGCCAGUCCAACGCCGAGGAUCAAGGCCGAAUUAAUCUCGGCCGCCCCCGCCUGUUACGCCCUGGCAAUCUCCCCGGACUCUAAGGUUUGCUUCAGCUGCUGCAGCGACGGCAGCAUCGCCGUCUGGGAUCUUCAGAAUCAGUCCUUGGUGAGACAGUUCCAAGGUCACACGGACGGCGCCUCGUGCAUCGACAUAUCGGCGGACGGCUCGAAAUUGUGGACCGGCGGAUUGGACAACACGGUCCGCUCGUGGGAUCUGAGGGAAGGAAGGCAGCUGAAACAGCACGACUUCACGUCCCAGAUAUUCUCGCUCGGCUACUGUCCCACGGGGGAAUGGCUGGCCGUGGGCAUGGAGAACUCGAACGUCGAGGUGUUGCACGCCUCGAAUCCGGACAAGUACCAGCUACACCUGCACGAGUCUUGCGUAUUAUCGUUGAGAUUCGCCUCCUGCGGCAAGUGGUUCGUCUCAACUGGCAAGGAUAAUUUGCUGAACGCGUGGCGCACGCCUUACGGGGCCUCGAUAUUCCAGUCCAAGGAAUCGUCAUCCGUGCUCAGCUGCGAUAUAUCAGCCGACGACAGGUACAUCGUUACCGGUUCAGGUGACAAGAAAGCGACCGUCUACGAGGUCAUGUAUUGAACGACGAAACCGCAACGAAACCGAAACGUACCAACAACCGAACGUAUUCAUCAGACCCGAGCAACUCUCCACAGCGUGGGUGUACAUAAUUCUUAUACGAUAUUAACACGAGAGACGUUUGUUGCCCUUGUUCUUGUUAUUGUUGUUAUUGUUACUCUCGGUGAAGAAGAAAGAGAACGAGCCGAACGAACCGGAGUAAAAGAGAGAAAAGAAAAGAAAAGGUAAAAAAAAAAGAAAAAGAAAGGAAUUCUUUCGAUCAAGAAUCAGAGAUCGAAUCGCGCAGCAACGCUCGAGAGAUUUUUUUGUAAAACAUCGACGUCGAGUUUUUAAGAUUUUUCGGAUAGAAAGAGAUUUAAAAAUAUUAUUAUUCAUGACAUAGACGGCGAAUAGAUUGAUAAAUUUCAUUUUAAUGAUCCGGAUCGUUCUUCUUAUUUCGAUCGAUAAUCGCUCGUUAAUGAACGUUUUUCAUCGAAAUCGGACAGUUCGUUCCGCUCGUUGCGCGUACGACCGCCAUUUUGGGCGGCUGAAUCGCGCUUAAAUUUGAAUAACGCUGACAUUAACGCGUUUUUUCCUGUAUAUUUUGUAUAUACAUAUACAUAAUAUUAUAUAUAUAUAUAUAUAUAUAUACAUACGUCAGUCUUUAAGUAUACCAUGAUAUUUUUCUACGUCCCCUAAAAGUGAGACGGAAAGCGAGUAAUAAAGAAAAAAAAAAAGCACACACGUACACACUCAACAUUCAUACACAUACACAUACACGUAUGGAGAACUAAAAAUUUGUAAAUAUUGUCUGGCUUAGAGAAUAUAACGGAAUCGUGAUGAGAGAAACGAUUAAAUAAAAAGUGAUACUCGAUAACGAACUCGGUGAUCCGAUUCAUUUCUCCCCCAGCUUUGCAACCCUAUGAACCGUCAUCGAAAAACGAAAAGCAAAAAAAAAAAAAAAAAAAAAAAAAAAGAGGGGGGGGAAAAACCAGAA